AUGCAUGCAGUUCAGACCCACGUCAUACCAACCACACCCACAACCAUACCAACUACACAUGUCAACUGCAACCCUGCAGAAGACUCCGUUAGCUGCUAUUGUACCAAUAACAAUGUCUCACGACUAGCACAAUUACAGAACACCUUUCCUCUACCAAUACAGGAAGGAUUAGUAUCCGUACAAGGCAUGAACAGUGUGCCUACAAUCUCUACACGAACACAUGUCAACUGCAACCCUGCAGAAGACUCCGUUAGCUGCUAUUGUACCAAUAACAAUGUCUCACGACUAGCACAAUUACAGAACACCUUUCCUCUACCAAUACAGGAAGGAUUAGUAUCCGUACAAGGCAUGAACAGUGUGCCUACAAUCUCUACACGAGUAGUCUCAGUACAGACAGCAAUUACAUUCGACCAUGCCCUGCAAGAAAUCACACAGGAAUUUCAAAAUUUUCAGUGCCGAAUACUGCCCCAACAACUGCUCGGCUGUUAUAACUGUGUCAAGGGCUCAAUAGCAACUCUUUUCUGCGAAUCAGACUACUUUUAUUCUUCAACAAGGCUCCGCGUCUACGAAACAUGUAGAGCACAAUGCGGAACAUACAUCACGAUUUUCGAAUUGCAAGGAACACUCAAUUACGUGAACGGCUUCAAACCGCUAUGGAACUACAUCCACUCUUGGACACGAAAUACUUCUACCGAUGCUUCCCUUAAUAUUGAAUUCGCAUUUCCAGACAUAUCACACUUCCUCGAUACCUGCAAGCAAUUCUUUAUUUACAGUUUGACGACACUACUUAUCCUCAUUAGUGCCCUCAUGAUGAGCAACAAUAUCUUUUGUUCACAAAAUUAUAAGCAAAAAAAGGCCACACUAACUUCAAUCCCUCAACUACUGUCAUAUAUACCACCAUUCCGCAUAAUAUUUCUCCUUCUUCAUAUCAUUCGACGCAUCUUCUCCAUUACCAUCACCUUGAUACGCAUUCCCUUUCGUAUCCUGUGCAAACACAUUCUACAUUGA